AUGAGAGGCCUCAAGCAGGCUACGAUAUCCUCUCUUUUCCUUCUGCCUCUAAUUCUUGCGACUCGUCAUGCCGUUAUUUAUGAAGAGGAUGACCAGCUAGAGACACCCACUGAUCAGCCCAAUCUGCUUAAUCUCUUCGGAGGGGUUGCGAAUAUUGCAACGCGUCAAGUUCCACGCCUGAAUGCUGCGUUUCGGGAGCAGGCGCUCAGUACUGUUGUAGUAAAGCCGCUAUCUGUACAACAGCCGGAUGGUGCUGUCCUUCUGGCGCCCAGGCAUGUCCGAACGGGGCUACUGGAGGUGAAGGUGAAACCUGUUGUGGACGCGGAAUCUGCAGAAGCGGCCAAACUUGCUGCGGACGUAUCUGUUGCGCAUCGAGCCAAGUCUGUAGUGAUGGAUAUUGUGUACUUGUGCUCAACUUUGACAAACUCCACAACGUCAACAACAACGACCACGACAACGAGUACAACUACUCGUACUUCAACGACCACGACCACUAGUACAACUACUACUCGUACUUCAACGACCACGACCACUACUUCAACUUCCACGUCUGUAAGUUCGGACACGGACUCAAGUAGCUCAACACCCCUCCCCCAAGACCCUUCAACGCCUAACGACACACCAACGUCUACUCCUAUCGAUGAAUCUCCGACGCCUUCUCCCUCUGUAAAUGAUCCCUCCACUCCUGUGAACGAUCCUUCCCCUACCACCGAUGAUCCGUCUCCUACUAUAAACGACCCCAUUCCUACUGUUGAUGAUCCCACCCCUAUUGUUAGUGGCCCCUCUCCUUCUAUAGAUGACCCCUCUAUCCCUCCAGACACUAUACCACCUACCCAAUUCGUUGACCCUCCAACUAAUUCCAUUGAUGCCUUGCCAUCUGAUACGAUUGUUGACUCUUCUGCUGUCAUUCAGGGCACUCCUCCACCGGUCGACCCUCCUGCUUCGUCGGAUACAGGCCCAGCUUCCUCGUCAGUGCCAACUUCUGACUCCCCACAAAUUUUCCCUUUUGUCGCCACAGCUGACAUCAAUCCUUCUUCUUCUACUCUCGAUUUGCCUGUCGGCAGCCCUCUCGUUACGCAAGAGACUGUCGUAUCUAGCGGUAGUACCUUGACGGUAUCUCGGACUGUUCUCCCCAAUGCUAUUCUCCCUUCUUCAUCGUCUUCGGGGACCGCCGCAAACGACGCAUUCGUGGCGGGCAGCGAUGCAGUGGCCUACGUCUACCCUUGGGAUCCACGGAUACAAUACGAUCCCGAGAAUGCGUGGGUCUCUACAUCAUCUAGCAGCACGGUCGGGAAUUGUCGUAAUGGUACAAAGGUGUCCUCGACUCCUGGUUCCUCGAUCAAGUUUGGUUUCGAAGGCAAGUUUAUCAGAAAACAAAUCGCACUUCUAAUUUGCAAUGGCUCAAAAGGUGGAAAUUAUACGGUUCAAGUAGACGGCUCACCCGCGUCGACGUAUAGUAGCUGGAAAGAUCCUACCGUCUCGGGUUCCGGUGGAGACGAGUGUAUCAUUUCUCAGCCAUUCACGAGCAACGUACUUGAAGAUGGUCAGCACAACAUCACGGUCAUUGUCAAGGGCUCUCUCGCAGGUACAACCACCCAGCGGGGGCAGGUUGAAUUUGGUGGAUUCAUAUAUCGUGGCCCUCGUGCGUUCGGAACUCGCACGGAUUCGAAGCCGAACCUUCCUGCUAUCAUCGGAGGGGCUAUUGGCGGCGUGAUUGGCGGCAUUGCGAUCAUUACCCUUGUGGUCGUUCUCGUGAUCCUACGCAGACGGAAGCGCAAUCAACGAGUGGACAAUUCACCUGCAGUGGACAAUCUACCCCCUGCCCCGCCAACAUUUACCUCUACCCCGACGUAUACCCCCGUGCCUACGACAGAGUACCAUGACCCGUACGCAAACUCUGGGUAUGGGCCGCAGUAUUAUCCGAAUCCAACCGGACAGACGGCAGGCGGCCCCUCUUGGAGACAAACUGAUGAAGGGCCGUUUGGAUCUGGAAGCUACGCUUCCCCUGGUGUCGUUCCACCGUCCAUGCAGGCCGGUUACGCGAGGUGA